CGACUGCGUUCGUGGCGAGGAGAAGUGUUUCAACACAAAACAAGUGGCUGAGAAAGCGAGCUUGAGUCCCAUUCGUCGAUUUUGUCCACGUUUUCGCGAUAUUUGAUUCUUAGAGAAGUCAUAGCACAGCAUCCGACAGCUCUGCCCCCAGCUGGCGAGGCACCCACAGUGACACCGAGCUGUGUGCGCGCUGCAGCUGUCGGCUCAGAGAGACGAGUGCGCAAGGACCGUCCAACAAGCGCUUUACCGUGACUUUACCUUCAACCUCGCACCACCAUGUCCUCUGAAGACAUGUAUUUGGAUUAUCGCGGACACACACUUCCCACGGAGACUCACAGCGCACAGAGCUUGGCGUUUGCGGAGGAAUUCAAGUUUGAAGACGAUGACGUCGUGGCUGUAACGUACCCGAAGUCAGGUACAGUCUGGAUGCAGGAGAUCCUGCCACUGGUGCUGAACGGUGGCGACCUGACGCCAAUCCAAACCAUUCCAAACUGGGACAGGGUGCCUUGGCUGGAGGAGAAAAGAUUGUCCAUUGUUGUGGAUAAGUUGAUAUCUCCACGAGCACUAGUCACCCAUUUUCCUUAUCACCUCAUGCCCGCAUCCUUCCACACCUCCAAAGCCAAGGUGAUCUAUGUUAUCAGGAACCCAAAGGAUGUCUUGGUGUCUUCAUACUACUUCCACCAGAUGGCCGGAUUUCUCGAGGAUCCGGGAACUUUGGAUGAGUUCAUAGAGAAAUUCCUGGAUGGCAGAGUGAUGUUUGGCAAAUGGACAGACCACGUGAAGAGCUGGAGACACACAGAGCUGGGAGACAGAAUCAUGUACAUCUCAUAUGAAGAAAUGGUUCAGGACCUGCCUGCAGCUCUCAAGCGUAUUUCUGGUUUCGUGGGCAAGAACCUGAGUGAAGACAUCAUUCAGAAGAUCGCAGAGAAUUGCACCUUUGAGAGCAUGAAGGCCAACAACAUGUCCAACUUCAGCCUGAUCCCAAAGCAAUACAUGGACAAUGAAAAAUCUCCAUUCUUCAGGAAAGGUGUUGCUGGAGACUGGAAAAAACAUCUCAGCACAGAGCAGCUGGCCCGGAUCACAUCAGUCAUUUGCAAAGAGAUGGAGGGUGAGAGCUUCUCUCUGCCGUGGAGUCUGGACUGACCCACAGCCAGAGGGAGAAGGAGGCAUGUUCAGUACAUAUUUGUCAGAGUAGGAAACUGGUGCUAAUUGGGCCCAAUGUCAGGUAGACAAGUAAAAAGUAAUUUACUGAUGUUUUUACUCAAGUCAUCAUAAAACUUCUCAAACGGGAUAUAGAAGAGCUGCAGAGCCUGUUAUCUGGACAAAUCUCCGCCUCAAAUAUAUAAUGUCAAAAGUUUUUUGUUUUUUUUACGAAACAUAUGAUUUUCCAGGUUGACUGGAUUUUUUUUUUUGCUUGCCCUGGGUGUGAAUUUGUAUAUGUAUGUGUAUAUGUUAAACUGUCAAAAUUCUGCUUCAACAGUGGUCAUUUGCGUUCUCCCAUCUGCAAAUUAGCUUGUUAAUAAACUAUUUUGUUAUUUUCUUGCUA